UAGUGUUAGAGUGGCUGCCCUUUAUGACGUCACCAUUUAUUUUGUGAGGACUUGUAAGGCGUAUUUCGAUGCUAAGAUGUCGACAGAAGGAAGUGAAACUGCGACUACCCCGCUGUCCGGGAACGGCAACAAUGCUGUGUCUCGCAGAAAUCAGGUAAUGGUUGGGGAUCUGCCUCGUGACUUUCUACGAUGCAGCGAGCAACGAACUCAAGAAGAGGAAGAUGAGUGCAUUGCUAGAAUUCUCCAAGCUCAGCAGCAGGCAGGGGUCACCUCAUUUGCUUCUUCAAACAUUGCUGGGCGCCUUAGCAUCACCAUUGUUCAGGCUAUUCUGAACAAAAACUAUGGCAUUACCAAGAUGGAUCCCUAUUGCCGUGUGCGCAUUGGGCAUACUGUGUUUGAAACACCUACAGCACUUAAUGGUGCAAAGAAUCCUCGUUGGAACAAGACCAUGCAAAUGUAUCUUCCUGCAGGUAUAGAUUCUAUUUACGUGGAAAUUUUUGAUGAGCGUUCCUUCACAGUUGAUGACAGAGUGGCAUGGGCCGUCAUCACCAUUCCACCAGCUGUUUUGAAUGCUGGGGAGACUGUUGAUGAAUGGUACACCUUGAGUGGUCGUCUUGGGGAUGGCAUGGAGGGUCGUGUCAACAUUGUUAUGUCUCUUACACCUGCUUCUAGUAUGUCACAUAUGAACUACGUCACAACAUACCACACUCCAGUGAUGAUGCCUAUGUAUUUUCCACAGCCAGUUCCAGUGGCAGGUAUGCCUGUAGUGUACCCACAGCAGGUCCCGCAGCAAGUUCCACAACAGCCACAACCACCACCCUUCACAGAAGAAGACAUGAAGCAAGUAAAAGACAUGUUUCCAAACAUGGAGGAGGAGGUCAUCCGCUCAGUCUUGGAAGCCAAUGGGGGCAACAAAGAUGCCACCAUUAACUCCCUUCUUUCAAUGAAUGCAGACUGAGAAAUGCAACAGCAGGGAUGGAAGAGAUUGCAGAUGCUGAACAGGGCAAAGACAUUUUAUCACAUAGGUGGAACUGGUCUCAGUGGCUUCAGAAGAGGGACCAAGGUUUAUCAAGAGCUAUUACAAAUCAUGAAUAUCUGAACUAAGAUUGGGUUCAAGAUGAAAAGAGGUAGCAGGUUAUUUAGUGUUUUUGUUUUUUUGUUUGUUUGUUUUAUUUUGCUCUUGUGCAAAGUGAUGGCUUUGUUUAAAUGUUUUAAAUGAAAGGUAUUGCCAUAUUGGACAUUUGCAGUGUUGCGUUAUAUUUUUUCUCCCUAUGGUCAGUGAUGCAGAUUGAAAAGUUUAAAGUAGUUUUAACAUUUUCUGUUUUCUUUAAAUAAAGUUAGUCAUUAUUGUAUGUAAAAAAAAAAUUUUUUACAAUUUGUCUUUUUUCUUAAGGAAAAAAGUUUUUUGUGAAAGUUGAGGGAGAUGAUGACAGUAAAGGAGCUAAUGCACCUUUCUGAGAAAGCUUUUGUAUAUUGUGGUAACAUUUUGGAAGCAAAUUCAAAAAUCCCAUUUGUGAUCUUAUGAUCCUACCAGUGUACAUCUCAUUAAAAAAAAAAAUUGUGUAUCCUUCAUGCUCUUGAUUGAUGUGGAUACAUAAAAAAUAGAGAUGCUUGGAACAGAUUUAAAAGAAGUGAAAAAAAUGUAUGGGGAGGGGUUUAUAUCUGAUUUCCUUUUUUUUUGGGGGGGGGGGAUUUGAAAGGGGGUUCACAUAUGAUGGACACAUAACAAAUUAUAUUAUCAGGCUCUAGAUAAGCAGAGAUCAACUGUGAGCAGACAUAGUAAGUCUAAAAUCUAUCUGAUCAUUUUCUUGUCUUACAUCAUUUCUUUAUGUAAUGUUUUUAUGUGAUUUUCAUUCAUUUGCCCACACCUUUCAUUUUGAGAAUACUGCUAUGGAUUAUGACUGUGCCUUUUAAAAAUUGGGCUGUCAGGCUUUUCCCCACUGAAGUAAAGCAAGUGGUAACAAUGUAACUCUUCUUGAACUGUCAUUUGUUUGAUAUUUCAGAAUAUUUUAGAGCAGAAGUAGCUCCUUCUGCUUUAUUUAGAGUUAAUGGUGGCAUGUUGGAAAUUAUCACAAUACUUCCUCUUUGUUGACACCAUUAUACUUGUGCAGACUGUGGAGUGAAAACUUUACCAAGAGGCACAAAGGAUGCAAAGGUCACAUGUCAGUUCUUUACUGUGAGUUAAUUCUUGUGUACAUUUAACCCUAAAAGGAUAUUGUGUGGGAAAAAGAUCCCCGGUAUCAUGCUUGGUUUGGAAAAAAUGAAGGUACAGUAGCAAAUAACUUUAGUCCUUUCUCAGCUGAAUAUUGUUUUGGAUACUUUUUAUUCUGAAGCCAAAAUGUGAUCAUUGUAUAUUAUUUGUGUUAGCUUGUUUUAAAAUACUGAUGAAGAUAUCUUGGUUUACAGCAUGAAACCUUGUGAUUCGACUAAGAAAUUGUGUCCUUUCUUAUGCAGAGUUAUGAUGUACAUGUUGAUCAGUUUAUGUAAAUACUCCAGUAGUGUGCACUUAGUGAGAAAGUUCCUAAAAAUAGCUUUGUAUAAAUUUGUAAUGUAGUAUUACAUUUUUGGCUUAUAAAGAUUAACUUAAUAUAUAUAUAUGUCCAUUAUAACAAUUGUUAGGGGCCUUAUUUUGGGUGGAAUGGGUUGCUUGUGUUCAAGCACUCUGAGGUUGUGCAAGACUUUGGAUCUAGACAUAGUAGCUGUCCAGCCAGUGCGCGUAGACUGCAUGUCUAAACAAAUGAAUACAGCUAGAACAUUAAGCUUUAGCAAAGGCAUUGGGUGUUUUCUCAGAAUUUAACAGUGGUUCAAUUUAGUCUUAUUAAAAAAUGACACCAUUAAUGUGAGAAUUACAAAUUUUGGGUAGUCAGCUUUUUAUAUUUUUAAUUGAUAGGACAAAGAACUUUAACAUUUAUAAAUGUCCAACAAUGUACAUCGUAAAAUCGCAGAUUCAGUUAUUAUUAAAGAUAAUGUAAUUUGCUUCCUACCAUAUUCAGUAAAGCAAAAUUCUAAAUUAAAACUAUUCUCUGUAAAAGCAAAUGGAUUUUUUUGAUGAAGGUUUCUUGUGAGUUAUAACUAAUAUAUAUAAGAUAGAUAAAAUAUAACUUAUAGUUAAGAGAGGUAUUAAAGUUUAAAAUCUGUACAAAUUUGUUGUAAUUAUCCUUAUCUUACAAAAAUUCUACAAGGCUGAAGCAUUGACAGCUGUUGUAGCUUUUUUUUUUAACAUUAGAUGACAAGAAUUUCUGUCUUGAUAGCCUUGUGCGUAAACUUUCAAUUGUUGGAAAGGCUUGUCUUUAUUUAAUCUAAAUAACUGAAGCUUAUGCUUUAGAAAACUGUAGUUUCUGCACUUCUAACAAUAAAUUAUUUAAUGUUUUUUUUUUGGUGCAUAUUUCAGCUUA